UGGCCCAUAUUUUCACACCUGCCCUCCAAUUUCACGGAGCCAGAAAGCCUAACCUCCCUUUCACGACUCUCUAAACCACAACCCGACGUGCCGCACCACCGAAUCUACCAUGAUUGCACCGCGCACUGCCCUUAGCCUUGCCUCGCGGCGUCUUGUCUGCCGCGCAUGCACCCCAUCAGCCGCGCGCUUCUACGCGACACCCUCAUCGUCCGCGAAAUCGAACCCAACCCAGACCAAAGCUGCUGCCCCAGCAAAGGCCGGCUACUCGAGCAUUGCAGGAAACGGCAACAGCAAUAUCCCCAAGAACGCAACGUACGAGGCGACCACCAUUGCCCACAGCGACGCUGAUGCCGGCGCGCCAGGCCCCGAGAUUGACAAUGUCGACUGGGCGGCGAGCUACCACGGCAUUGCGUCGCGCCCCGUCACCAAGGCGCAGUUCAAGGUCCUCAUGAAGCCCCUCGAAGUCACAGAGAUUGAAGUCAAGCCCGACGGCAUCGUAUAUCUGCCCGAGAUCAAGUACCGUCGCCGACUGAACGAGGCAUUUGGUCCUAUGGGCUGGGGCAUGAUCCCGAAGAGCGAGACGCAGGUUGGCGAGAACAUUGUCACGAGGGAAUAUGCACUUAUCGUCAAUGGCCGCUUUGUUGCCCAGGCACAGGGUGAAAACUCCUACUUUGGCGCCGACCAACUCCCUGCCGCCGUCGAGGGCUGCAAGUCCAACGCCUUGAUGCGAUGCUGCAAGGAUUUGGGCAUUGCUUCCGAGCUUUGGGACCCGACUUUCCUUCGAUGGUUCAAAAAGACACACAUGGAGACUGCUUGGGUCGAGCACACCACGACAAAGAAGAAGCGACAACACUGGUUCCGCCGUGGCGAAGUCGACGUCGCCUACCCAUACAAGCUGACGAAAUAGAGCUUGGCCUGACGAGCCAAAGAAACUUUGACGAUUUACCAAUACGUCCCUAUUGUAAUAUAUCAAGCUCCAUGCCAUCGUUCUCGUCAUUCGGGAAUGAACCUGUACAAGUAGUAGUCAAAUAAAGACCCAAUAACACCACCGUGAUUAAUUUCGGUUCCAUGUACUAGUGUAUAUUGUCUAUCAAUUGGAGGUAGUAUUCGCGUACGGAAAGGUCAAGUGCACUCAGUAAUAGUAAUAGUAGUCUAAGUAUCCACGUCUAGGUCCUGAUUUAAGGACUCUACGAGGUCCACCAUCAGCUGCCGUCAAUGAUGCAGCAGACGCAGCCUACGAGUCCUUUGGAUCAGCUUCAGCGCUUACAGAUGAGCCUCCUAGGCCCCAGGGAACCCAAGAUCCGCCUUGGUUGCUUGUUGACCCCGAAACAUGUCUCCUCCGCAACGCGGCGUUGUCAUCUUCAGCGCCGCUCUCCGCCUCAAUCUUUUCAAAGUCGGCUUCACUUCGGCUCUUGCUGAGGGCGCUAAACAUGCUCAACCCGCUAGGUGGUCGUUGAGUCGGCUCUUCGUCGUUAUCGUGAGUACCGUCAAAUCCAGAAGGGCCAGAAUCGCCAGUCUGUAUCUGCUGCGCUUCACGGUCAAGCGCUGCCAUUACGGCGUUGAGUCUCUCGCGCUGCGUCGAAAUGAAGCUCAUCUUUUCCUUGGAGUUGCUUAGAUUGGGCGGGAUCAACGUGCCAGAGGCGGAUAUAUCCCUUGUCGCACCGCUUCCCGUAGAAGCUCCAGCGCCGGUGGCGGCCGACAUGGCUCCAGCCAAAAAGUUGUAAAAGUCGGCGCCGGAGUUAGCGGCGCCAGCCCAUCUAGGAGCCGGAACACUAAACCGGGCCAGCAGAGACUGGGUGUAGGUUUGGGCGUUGGGGAACGACGAGGGAUCGGGAGUUGGCUGCCGGUCGCUGGGAGGCAGAUUCAGGAUGUGUUCCUUAAUAUAUUCGACAGCCUGGCGGAAAUAGGACAGACCGGCGGCCUUUAGUCGGCUGUGGGAAGUGGCGAUAAAGUCAUCGAUGGCCCCUUCAUUUUCUUGAAGGAACGGGUGAACUCUCUCCUCGU